CUCUGAUUCCGGAAGUGAGGAAACAACCUCCCGGUCAAAAUGGGCCACACGAGUUUAGAGAGAAUCAUCACACUACAGAAGAAAGCAUCGAACAUCAGGAACAUCUGCAUUCUGGCACACGUGGAUCAUGGGAAAACGACGCUGGCCGAUUGUCUGGUGGCGAGUAACGGCAUCAUUUCCACUCGCCUGGCAGGAAAGCUCCGGUACCUGGACAGUCGGGAGGACGAGCAGAUCCGAGGAAUCACCAUGAAGUCCAGCGCCAUCUCCUUACAUUACACAUCAGGACAGGACGAGUAUCUGAUCAAUCUGAUCGACUCUCCCGGUCACGUCGAUUUCUCCUCCGAGGUCUCCACGGCGGUGCGGCUGUGCGACGGCGCCAUCGUGGUGGUGGAUGCCGUCGAGGGGGUGUGUCCUCAGACCCAGGCGGUGCUGAGGCAGGCGUGGCUGGAGAACAUCCGCCCGGUGCUCGUCCUCAACAAGAUCGACCGUCUGAUCGUGGAGCUGAAGCUCAGUCCUCAGGAGGCCUACACGCACCUCCAGAAGAUCCUCGAACAGGUGAACGCAGUGACGGGGACGCUCUUCACCUCUACGGUUCUGGAGGAGCGGGCGGUGAAGGAGGCUCAGGUUCAGGACGAGCGGCCCGAGGCUGAUGGAGGGGAGCAGGUUUACGACUGGAGCUCCGGACUGGAGGAGACGGACGACUCGCACCUGUAUUUCAGUCCUGAUCAGGGUAACGUGGUGUUCGCCAGCGCCAUCGACUCCUGGGGCUUCAGCGUUUGCCAGUUUGCUGAGAUCUACAGUAAGAAGAUGGGGAUUCGAUCAGAGAUCCUUCAGAAGACCCUGUGGGGGGAUUUCUACCUGAACACCAAGGCCAAAAAGAUCAUGAAAGGAGCGCAGGUUAAAGGAAAGAAGCCGCUCUUCGUUCAGCUGGUUCUGGAGAACAUCUGGAGUUUAUACGACGCCGUGGUGAUCCGGAGAGAUAAGGAGAAGGUGGAGAAGAUGGUGACCUCACUGGGAUUAAAGCUCAUGACCCGCGACCUCCGGCACAACGACCCCAAAGUGCUCCUGAGCGCCAUCUGCAGUCAGUGGUUACCGCUGUCUCAGGCCGUGCUGUCGAUGGUGUGUGAGAUGUUACCGGCUCCCACUGAAGUGAGCUCUGAGCGGGUGGAGAAGCUGAUGAGUGUCGGUGUGCGUCGGUUCGAAUCCCUGCCCAGUAAAACCCAGCAGCUUAAAUCAGCGUUUCUGGCGUGCUCGAGUGGAGAUUCGGCUCCCGUCAUCGUUUUUGUCUCCAAGAUGUUUGCCGUGGACCCGAAGGCUCUUCCACAGAACAAACAGAGGCCGCUGACUCAGGAGGAGAUCGCCCAGCGCCGGGAACUGGCCCGACAGCGACACGCAGAGAGACGAGCGGCCAAUCAGGGCUCGGAGAAUCCCGACCCGGGAAACCACACCCACGCAGACGCCGACGCUCUCCGCGAGCAGACGGAGGCCCUGACGCUGAGACCCGCGCCCGAAGACGAGGACGCCGAGCACUUCGUGGCCUUCGCCCGCGUCUACAGCGGGGUGGUGCGCCGGGGUCAGCGGGUGUUCGUGCUGGGCCCCAAAUACGACCCCGCCGUGGCCCUGCAGACGCUGUCGGACGAAGGUUCGGUUCCUGACUCCGCCCCCUCCGUGCCCCACAUGGCCUGCUGCACCCUGGACCGUCUGUAUCUCCUGAUGGGUCGUGAGCUGGAGGAGCUGGACGAGGUUCCAGCGGGAAACGUCCUGGGAAUCGGUGGAAUGGAGGAGUUUAUCCUGAAAUCAGCCACCAUCUCCACCAGCGCCGCCUGUCCCCCCUUCACGCCGCUUAACUUCGACGCCACGCCCAUCGUCAGAGUCGCCAUCGAACCCAAACAUCCCAGUGAGAUGCCCAAGCUGGUACGUGGGAUGCGGUUGCUGAACCAGGCCGACCCCUGCGUGGAGGUUUUGAUCCAGGAGAGCGGCGAGCACGUCCUGGUCACCGCCGGAGAGGUUCACCUGCAGCGCUGCCUCGACGACCUCCGCCAACGCUUUGCCAAAAUCGAGAUCAGCGCCUCGGCCCCCAUCAUCCCGUUCCGCGAGACGGUGAUCCGCCCGCCAAAGGUGGACAUGGUGAACGAGGACCUGGGGCGCCAGCAGAAGGUGGCGGUGAUCCGGCAGACCAGAGAGGAGCAGGCCAAGCUUCCCGAGGGGGUCCAGGUGGACUCGGGCGGCCUGGUGACCCUCACCACGCCCAACAGGAUGGCCGCCGUCGGCGUCCGGGCGGUGCCGCUCCCCGAGGACGCCACCGGGCUGCUGGAGGAGAACGGCGAGAACAUCCGGACCAUGGAGAACUUCAACCUGAUGGCUCGAGAGGGUAAAGCUCUGGAGAUCAGCGCCCGGACGCUGGAGGAGAUCCGGAGCUUCAGAGCCGAGCUGGAGAAGCGGCUGCAGGGUCACCGCUGGAGGAACGCCGUGGAGCGUAUCUGGGCGUUCGGGCCGCGCCGCUACGGUCCCAACAUCCUGCUGAACGGCGUGGACGGGUACCAGCGACCCUCCGUGUGGCAGUGCCUCGGGAGCGAGAGGAACGAGGGCGCGGCGCUCAGGGAUUUCGAUAACAGCGUGGUCAGCGGGUUCCAGCUCGCCACGCUCUCGGGCCCCUUGUGCGAGGAGCCGCUGAUGGGCGUGUGCUUCACCGUGGAGACCUGGGACGUGAGGUUACCUCAGAAGGACUCGGCGGUGAACGGAGAACCGGGCGGAGAACCGGACCUCGGAGGCACCGGUGAGGCACAGAGCCGGCGGAAGGACGCGGCGGAUUGUUACGGGCCGUUUUCGGGGCAGCUCAUCGCCGCCGUGAAGGAGGCGUGCCGGUACGCCUUCCAGGCCAAACCUCAGCGCCUCAUGGCGGCCAUGUACACCUGCGAGGUCAUGACUACGGCCGACGUGCUAGGCCGAGUGUACGGCGUGCUCUCCAAGCGUGAGGGUCGGGUCCUGAACGAGGAGAUGAAGGAAGGGUCGGACGUCUUCAUCAUCAAAGCCGUCCUGCCGGUGGCCGAGAGUUUCGGAUUCGCCGACGAGAUCAGGAAGAGAACCAGCGGCCUGGCCAGUCCACAACUGGUCUUCACCCACUGGGAGGUGAUCUCCAGCGACCCCUUCUGGGUGCCCACCACCGAGGAGGAGUACCUGCACUUCGGGGAGAAGGCGGAUUCGGCCAAUCAGGCGCUGAAGUACAUGAACGGCGUACGGAGGCGUAAGGGUCUGUACGUGGAGGAGAAGAUCGUGGAGCACGCCGAGAAGCAGCGCACGCUCAGCAAGAACAAGUGAGCGGCAGAGCUGUGAAAAAGUAAUCACCCCUUCCCCCCCAUCACCACCACCACCACACACACACACACACCGGCGGCGCCACCUUCAGACCCCUCAGAGCAACUACACCUUCGUAAACGAUCCUGUGUGAGAUUUCAGCUCCGGUUCUCCAUACGGACCCGCCCUGAAUCGGACGCACCGCUGCUUUCGGACCCGAACCGCCCGUUUCGGGUCUCACCCUGUUUUGUAUUUUGGAUCUGCGCCUCAGCUUCAACUCCCUUCAGAAGGACACGUGGACCAGUAUAACCCAGUGUAAUAUCCCAGUAUGAACCAGUGUGACUUCCUGUCCGAGUUCCCUACGUAUAGGACGUGAUUGGAUGACUGACAGGCCGCUCUGCCGGCGCCCCCCGGUGGAUUCCACAGAUCCAGCGAACAGAACGAUUCAGAGUCGAGAAUUCACUUGUUUUGAAUCGGUGAAUCAAGUGAAUCAUUCCAGGUUCUGAUGCCCAACGGUUCCUGAGCACGGACGCUGGAGAACCGAGGCCUCUGAUUGGCUGUUGCUCGACCUUGGCACGGCGUCUGGAGGGAAAAAUAAAUAAAUAAGUAAAUAUAAUAAAUAAAUAAAUAAACGUCUUUAUUAAUAAUGAAA